AUGAGAAACCACAGUGUUGUUUCUGAAUUCAUCCUCCUUGGGCUGUCUGCUGACUCCCAGAUCCAGGCUCUGCUCUUUGUGCUGUUCCUUGUUGUUUACCUCCUGACUCUGAUGGGGAACCUGCUGCUGCUGCUGGUGAUCAGGGCUGAUUCUCACCUCCACACCCCCAUGUACUUCUUCCUGGGACAGUUGUCCUUCCUGGAUCUCUGCCACUCCUCUGUCAGUGUGCCCAAGCUGUUGGAGAACCUUCUGUCUGAGAAGAAAACCAUCUCAGUAAAGGGCUGCCUGGCUCAGGUCUUCUUUGUGUUUGCCACUGGAGGCACUGAAUCCUGCCUGCUUGCUGUCAUGGCCUAUGACCGCUAUGUUGCCAUCAGGUCCCCUCUGCUGUACAGCCAGAUGAUGAAUAGACAGCUGUGUAUAGGGCUGGUGUGGGGCUCAUGGAGCUUGGCUUUUCUGGAUGCUUUUAUCAAUAUCCUUGUAGCUCUCAAUUUAGACUUCUGUGAGGCUCAAAAUAUACACCACUUCAGCUGUGAGCUGCCAUCUCUCUACCCUUUAUCUUGCUCUGACGUGUCUGCAAGUUUUACUGCCCUGCUCUGCUCCAGCCUCCUGCAUUUCUUUGGAAACUUCCUCCUGAUAUUUUUCUCCUAUGUUCGCAUUUUAUCCACCAUCCUGAGCAUUAGCUCUGCUAUAGGCAGAAGCAAGGCCUUCUCCACCUGCUCCUCCCACCUCACUGUGGUGAUCUUCUUUUAUGGCUCAGGGUUACUCCGCUAUCUCAUGCCAAACUCAGGAUCCACUCAAGAGUUAAUCUUCUCCUUGCAGUAUAGCGUGGUCACUCCUAUGCUGAAUCCUCUCAUCUAUAGCCUGAAGAACAGAGAGGUGAAGGCAGCUGUGAGAAGAAUCUUAAGAAAAUGUGUCUAG